UCCGCGCCGGCCGGUCGUCCGCUCCGCCGGUAUGGAGCACGACGAGGAACGUUCCUUGUCGCUGGGGACGGAGGUGUCGGCCUCGGUUCCGCCGCCGAGCCCCCUCACGGGCUGCUACCUACUCGCGAUAGUUGGCGAGCCGCACACGCACGAGCAUAAGGAGAUCAUACUGCAGCGGCUUGUCAAAGGGCUUCUAUCAUGGGAUUCGAACGAGCACCAGGUCGACCUGGAGGCCGAGCUGGCCACCCUCACGGCGCAGGCACCCGAGGGGGAGGAGGCCAGAUAUGGCGAAAGACUAAUCCAAUUCGCGUCCGAGAACCUCGUGACGGAGAUCCUCAUCCACCCUCAGAUGAACACGCUGAUGCAGUGCAUGAGGAACCUACUCAGCAGCUUCACCAGGCAUCGCCACUUAGUCCAUGCUGGCUACACCGCCGCAGGAAAUGGCUCCUGGAUUAUGCAGGACGGGACAUUCUCCCUUGCAGACUUCACAGACGCCUACCAAGAGAACGAAGUUCAACGCGUCAUCCGCGCCUACGAGAAUUCCAUCUCUAUCGACAUACACUGCUCUACCAGCGGCGGCGGGGAGUGGGCCAAACUCCCCGACAUGCCGUUCGUCAAACACUGCAAGAUUAGGGUCAACCCUACGGAUAUACUGGACUCUGGCUCGCAAUCCAUCAAGGACUUUGUUGCAUACUUGGAGCCCUACAUCACCCCGGCGAGCCUGGAGCGCCUGCUGGAGGCUUCCGACGUGGUUGGCAACAUUCGCUUCAGCCACCCGACUCUCUACGUGUUCCCUGGUGGACAGGGAGAUGCUGCUCUCUUCGGGAUCAACGGUUUCAAUAUGCUGGUCGACGGCGGGUUCUCCCGCAAAGCGUGCUGGUGGGACUUCGCCCGGCACCUGGACCGUCUGGACGCGGUUCUGCUCACCAGGCUGAACAACUGCUCCGCUGCUGGCAUGGCGGCUGUGCUGCGCAGGAAGGCACAGGCGUCUGUAUACCCGCAGAUCGGACACUUCUUCUGUAACCUUGAGGAGCGGCGCGCCCUCGCAAGCCCCGACGGGGACAAAGACGCGGACCCCCUCCUCGUGUCCCUCCUCCAAGAGGGCUCCGACAUGAUGGCGGACCUCCGACACCUCAAUCUGAAGCCCCAGCAGUGCUAUCGAAGCCCUGACCCCAUCAACUUGUACCACAAAGUUGGACACGGUACACUCGACAUGUACGUCCUGAAUCCGUCCAAGGACUCAAAGCACGUGCGCGACUUCCUCAAGAAAUGGCACAACAGCGAGCAGAAGCUCUUCGAGGGAGCCAGCGUCUCCAGCGCCUUCAACUUCCCCAUCCCUAACCUCGUCUCCAUCUGUGCGCUCCUCGUGUGGCGCCCCGCCAAUCCCGACGACACCAUCACCAGGAUAAUGUUCCCCGGCUCGACACCACAGCAUAAAAUCUUCGAAGGCCUAGAAAAACUCAAACACCUCGAAUUCCUACAACAUCCCACUUGCACGGGAAGACAAAUGGCACCGCCUGCCCCACAACCUACAACUACGACAAGAGUUAAGACUACCAGGACGACAAUAAGCAAAGAAAAGACAGAUAAAACGAAAGACGAAAAGAUUGUAGAACCUGAACCACCACUAAAAAUUAAAGAAGAGAAAAACAUCAUAGAUAAUAAGUUACUCAGCGAAUUGACUGACGGCGAGGAAAAGAAAAUUGAAUCUGUGCUGCAAGAGGCCAUUACUAGUAGAGUUGAGACCAAAUUAGAUGAUAAAAUUGCUCAGUACGAGAGCACUGUGAUAGAUAGUAAAAAGAAGGAAAUAAAGAAAAAGGACAAAGUAGUGGAAAAGAAGAAACGAAUCGAUAAGACUGAAGAAAAAGAGGUAAAAGAAGUUAAGACGGAAUCGAAACAGGAAGUGAAAAAGACGGAACGAAAGAAAUUAGAUGUACGAAAAAGUGAAACGAUGAGUGCGACGACUAGGACAAAAAUAAGUCACCGAACUGCGGUACAAAAAACUGAAAAGAAAAUCAGUAGUACUUUAAUGGACAAAAAACCGGCUGAUGAUAAAAAAUCACCGCCAGCCACUCCCAAAAAGACAGCAGAGGUAAAAUCGACCAUAUCCAGCAUUCAACCAGCUGUUAAAGAUAGAGUUAAAGCUAAGACAAGGAAACUGAGCCCCGGUAGUACGCCAGCUAAAAGUACUAAAGAAGCCGCGAACCGCAAGGUCAUGGAAUCAAAAUACAAACAGCCAUCUCCCAAACGUGAUAUCACUCAAAAGACUGCAGACAAACCCAAAGUAAAACGAGAACCUAUUUCACGGAGACCGAGACCUCUAGCUUCACCAGUAAAGGGAAUGAAGGCUAUGAAAAGUCCAACGAAAUCUAUUAAAUCAGUAAAAGUGGACUCCAAACUGAAAGGACUUCAGAGAGUUAAUUACGAAGAUAUUCUAAAAGACGCCAAAAAAUCAGACGAGGAUACGUCUAAGUCACUUGAUGAUAUUAAAUUACAAGAAUUAGAUGACAGGGAGGAGCAGGAGAUCGUAAGAGAGAUUGAAGCAGUAUUUAAUAGAGACAGUGAAGCUGAGGAAAAAGUAGAAUUUGUGGGGCGUUCGGAUAUUGAAAAACUCAUAAUAGAUGACACAAAAACGGAAACAACAGCUGAUCCAGAAUUUGAGGAAGAAUACUUAAUCAUUGAAAAAGAAGAAGUUGAUCAAUACACUGAAGAUUCUAUCGCAGAUCAUGAGGCCAGUCAAGAACGUGAAGAUCAAUUACAAAAGCACGUUAAAGACAAGGAAGAGUCAGAGAAGAAAAAAGAUGAUUUCAAAGAGGAGCACGUUGAAGAAAAACAAACAACGGAAUUGAAAACAGAAGUUAAACAGGAAUCAAAGGAACACUCUGUCAGUGUCGAAGAAAAACAAGAUCACAGUAGUGAAAAGAAAACUUCAGAUAGCAAAAAUGGUGCUGUCAAACUUAAAGAUUCUUUAGACCUAAAUGUAAUGCAGGAAUCACAGGAAAAAAUAUCUACUACUAUCGAAUCAGGGGCAACCACAGCACCAACUUUACCUGAAGAUGAAAGAAUAACUCUUGAUGAAAUUAAGGAAGAUCAACAAGUAGAAGAAAAACAUAUCAAAGAAGAAACGAAAGAAGUACUUCCUCCACAAACGCUUGUAGAUGUUAAGGCAAAGAGUCCAAAAUUAGAAGCCAUACCCGCACCAUUGAGGGAAAUAGUUAAAACACCAGACGAAGUCGCUGACUUGCCUUUGCACGAAGAAGUAGAUUACAGGACAUACGAGGAAAAGAAAACCCCAGUUGAAGAAAACAUAUUUAAAAGGAAACCAGAUGUUGGUUUCGUUCACGAAAUUAAAGUACCCAAGGAUCUGCCUCUUCCGACCGAAGCUUUAACUUCCAUCAAAGGAAGUCAACACGAUGUGGUAUUAAAAACAGUAGAGCGUCCAUCCCAUGCUGAGCUGGUAAUGGUUACACCAGGAUCAGCACCAGAAUCACCAAUGUAUCCAGAACCGAGUAAAGUUCCGACUAUUAAAGAACUAGAACCCGUCAAAGAGUACGAUGACACGGAUUUCAACUAUGGCCAAUUCACUGGACAACUACGAGAAACUCACAUAACUACUGUAGACUCGCCUAUAAAAGAUGAAAUAGUUAUUGUGGAAGAGAUUAUCGCAGACAAAAUACCUGUAAUACCUGAAGAUGUGGAAAAAGAAAUUGAAGAAGCACGUAAAUUGGAAGGCAUCGAUAGGCCUCCUUUAAGCCCUAAGGACGUAGAAAAGAUUGUUGCUGAUGUUGCUGAAGUACUCAAAUCCGAUAAGAGUUUAGAAGAAAUUAUGGCUGAAAAGUCCCCAGUAAUGCUUCAGAAGUCUCCUGAACACUUGUUUAAAACAGAUACGAUAAGAAGUGCUAUUGAAGCAACAAAGCAGUUAAUCUCAAGUGAGACAGCCCUUAAAGAAGAAAAACAGAUAGAGACUAAACAAGAGACUGCUGAUAUGGUUAAAGAGCUUUCCCCUGCACGAUCAAUUGCAUCUGAAGAUUUAAGUGAGGUUUCAGAUAAAACCGUUCUCAGUGAAGGCAAGCGGGCUAAACGUGAUAUCAAAGAGGAUACAUAUGACCAAGAAAAAUCAAAGGAUAUAACUAAAGUAAUAAAGGAAACAGUACAAGAAUCAGUCGAAACAGAUGAGCAACAAGAUGACAUUGAGCACGUCAUAGAAGAAAAAUCGGAGAAAAGGCUUAGCGUUUCUUUAGAAACAGCAAAAACGCUAGAAAAAUUAGAAGAGCGAAUGGCUGAUUUAAAGAAAAAGGAAGAAGCAAUAUCACAAAAAAUACUUUUUGAUAAAAAACGGACUAGUACUGAUUACCUCGAAAAAGACAUUUUCGAAGAAAGUGUAACAUCCAAAAAGUCUGCCAAAGACAUCGCAACAAAGUCAGAUGAAAAAGUGCCAUCUUCGGACGUAGUCGACUUUGUCGCGAGCCAAGAGACGAAAAAAUUGCAUGAUGAGAUCAUAUCUACUGAGAAAGAAAUAUCCAGUGAAGUAAAGGAACAAAUGAAAACAUCUACUUAUGAGCAUGAGGUUCACAAAAAUGGCGUAUCUUCAACUGAUCAUUACGACAUAAAGACGACGUUCGACGAAACUCAAAAGAGCCCUGAAAUACAAAAAGAUAUGCAAGAAGUUCAAGAAAAGUUAUUUGAUAAAAAAUCUACUCAAUUGGAUAGCAAAGAGGUUCAAAAAUCUGUUGUUGAAGAAACCGUCACCAUCGAUAAAAACAUUCUCAAAUCUGAUAAUCUUCUCAGCAAGGUUCACUUAAAAGAACCCAGUCCAGAGAAGGAUGAUCAGAGUAUAGUCGAAGAUAAGGCAAAAGAAGAUCAUUUUGCUAAAGUAGGUAGCACUUAUAAAGAUUUAACUGUUACAGAUAAGACCAAAACUGCACAUAUACCUGAUGAUGUAACUGUCACAACAGCUGAUGUGCAUGAAAGUCACAAGGCAGAAAUCCAAAAUGGACACAAAGAAGAAAAAGAGACACUGGAUAAAGAACAUAGUCCACUUUCGUUAAAGGAAAGGAAACUUUCUCUUGACAAGGAAAAAGAUGAUACUGAAGAAUCUCACGACGAAAGCAAAUCAAGUAUCAUUGAAACAGCGACUAAAGUAGUUAGCGAGAUAUCCAGUCAAAUAUUCGAAAAAACUGACAAACUAUUAGAAAAGCACCUCCAUAUAACGGCUGAAACUUCUGACAAACUUGAUGAAAAGCAAGUAAGUAUAGAAAAGGAAAUUCAGCCAGAGGUGUCGAUCGAUGGUGAAAAAAUCCGAAGCAUAUCCAAACGAGACAGUGUAACUGAAAAGGGUAUAGAUGAUGAAAUACACGAAAAGCACACAACUGACUUGUCUAAAUCCCUUGAAACUAGUAUAAGUAAAGAAGUUAUCGACAUAACUUCAAAGGGACUAAGCAUUGAGAAGAAGUCAGAAAUUACGGAUGGCAUCCUUAAAUUACAUGAAAAACUGAGUCCCGAAAAAGAAGACAAAGAAGAAGACGUCACAUCCGACGAACUUACAGAAACAACGCCACUCUCAGAUAAACCCGAAAAGGACCUCAGCCCGCAAAAACUCCAGACUGAAGUUAUCGACAGCCUAGAAACAGAACUAAAUCUGGCAGACAAACAUUCUUCAUUGGACAAGGCACCCAGCCCAGCCUUAUCUGAAAAAGCCCCAUCUGAAAAAGCGCUUAGCCCAGUUCCAUCUGAGAAGGCUCCCUCUGACAAGGCACCUAGCCCAGUACCGUCUGAGAAAGCCCCAUCUGAAAAAGCGCGUAGCCCAGUACCAUCAGAAAAGGCCCUCUCAGACAAAGCUGCUAGCCCAGUACCAUCUGACAAGGCAUCUAGCCCUACAUUAUCGGAAAAAACACCUUCAGAACGGGCUCCAAGCCUAGUUCCAUCAGAAAAGGUACCAUCUGAGAAGGCCCUAUCUGACAAAGCUGCUAGCCCAGUGCCACCUGAGAAGGCCCUAUCUGAAAAAGCGCCUAGCCCAGUACCAUCUGAGAAGGCAUUAUCUGACAAAGCGCCUAGCCCAGUGCCAUCUGAGAAGGCCCUAUUUGACAAAGCUGCUAGCCCAGUGCCAUCUGAGAAGGCCCUAUCUGACAAAGCUGCUAGCCCAGUGCCGUCUGAAAGAGCACCAUCUGAAAAAGCGUCUAGCCCAGUGCCAUCUGACAAAGCACCUAGCCCUACAUUAUCGGAAAUAGCACCUUCAGAACGGGCACCGAGCCUCGUUCCAUCAGAAAAAGCGCCUAGCCCAGUGCCAUCAGAAAAGGCCCUAUCAGACAAAGCUGCUAGCCCAGUACCAUCUGACAAGGCACCUAGCCCUACAUUGUCAGAAAAAGCACCUUCAGAACGGGCACCAAGCCUAGUUCCAUCAGAAAAAGCACCAUCUGAAAAAGCCCCAGUACCAUCUGAUAAGGUUCUAUCUGACAAAGCGCCUAGCCCAGUACCAUCUAAGAAGGCUCUAUCUGACGAACCGCCUAGCCCAAUACCAUCUGAGAAGGCUCUAUCUGACAAAGCGCCUUGCCCUACAUUAUCGGAAAAAGCACCUUCAGAAUGGGCACCAAGCCUCGUUCCAUCAGAAAAGGCACCAUCUGAUAAAGCAAUAAGUCCUACGCCAUCAGAGAAAGCGCCUAGUCCAUCUUUGUCAGAAAAGGCCCCAUCAGAAAGAGCACCAAGUCUAGUUCCUUCGGAAAAGGCACCUAGCCCUACACCAUCUGAUAAGGCCCCAUCGGAGAAAGCUUCAAGUCCAGUGCCGUCUGAAAAGGCCCCAUCAGAGCAGGCUCCAAGCCCAGUACCAUCAGAUAAGGCACCUAGCCCUACAUUAUCGGAGAAAGCGCCUUCUGAACGGACACCCAGCCUUGAUCCUUCAGAAAAGGCACUAUCUGACAAAGUAGUAAGCCCAGUUCCAAGUGACAAGGCCCCAUCUGGGAAGGCACAAAGCCCGGUACCGUCUGACAGAGCACCAAGUCCAACAUUAUCAGAAAAGGUACCAUCUGAUCGCGCACCAAGCCUAGUUCCAUCUGAGAAGGCUCCAAGCCCUACUCCAUCUGAAAAAGCCCCAUCCGAGAAGGGUCAUAGCCCUACACCGUCUGACAAGGCCCCAUCUGAGAAGGCCCCAUCGGAUAAGGCACCAAGCCCGGUACCGUCUGAGAAAGCUCCAUCUGAGAAGGCACCAAGCCCGACUCCAUCUGAAAAGGACCCAUCGGAGAAGGCUCAUAGCCCUACACCGUCUGACAAGGCUUUGUCUAAGAAGGGCCCAAGCCCAGUACCAUCAGACCAGGCUCCAUCUGAGAAAUCAUCAAGCCCGGUACCGUCUGACAAAGUGCCUAGUCCAACAUUAUCUGAAAAGGCACCCUCUGAAAGAGCACCAAGCCUAGUUCCUUCAGAAAAGGCACCAAGCCCAGUACCAUCUGAAAUAGCCCCAUCGGAAAAGGCACCUAGCCCAGUACCGUCUAAAAAAGCCCCAUCUGAGAAGGCACCUAGCCCGGUACCGUCUGACAAAGCGCCAAGUCCAGCAUUGUCUGAAAAGGCAUCCUCUGAAAAAGCAUUAAGUCUAGUUCCUUCGGAAAAGGCACCUAGCCCAGUGCCAUCUGAUAAGGUCCCAUCUGAGAAGGCACCAAGCCCUACACCGUCUGACAAGGCCCCAUCGGAGAAGGCUUCUAGCCCAGUGGCAUCUGACAAGGCUCCAUCGGAGAAGGCUUCUAGCCCAGUGACAUCUGACAAGGCUCCAUCGGAGAAGGCUUCUAGCCCAGUGCCAUCUGACAAGGCUCCAUCGGAGAAGGCUUCUAGCCCAGUGCCAUCUAAGAAGGCAUCUAGCCUAGUGCCCUCUGAAAAAGCCCCGUCUGAGAAGGCACCAAGCCCAGUACCAUCUGACAAGGCCCCAUCUGAGAAGGCACUCAGCCCAGUACCAUCUGAAAAGGCACCUAGUCCAACAUUGUCUGAAAAGGCACCGUCUGAGAGAGCACCAAGUCUAGUUCCUUCAGAAAAGGCACCUAGCCCAGUGCCAUCUGACAAGGCCCCAUCUGAGAAGGCACCAAGCCCAGUACCAUCUGACAAGGCUCCAUCUGAGAAGGCACCUAGCCCAGUACCGUCUGACAAGGCUCCAUCUGAGAAGACACCGAGCCCAGUACCAUCUGACAAGGCCCCAUCUGAGAAGGCACUCAGCCCAGUGCCAUCUGACAAAGCGCCUAGUCCAACAUUAUCUGAAAAUGCACCUUCUGAAAGAGCGCCAAUUAUAGUUCCUUCUAAAAAGGCACCUAGCCCAGUACCUUCUGACAAGGCUUCAUCUGAGAAGGCUGUUAGCCCAGUACCAUCUGAGAAGGCACCAAGCCCAGUACCAUCUGAAAAGGCACCUAGUCCAACAUUGUCUGAAAAGGCACCGUCUGAGAGAGCAUCCAGUCUAGUUCCUUCAGAAAAGGCACCUAGCCCAGUGCCAUCUGACAAGGCCCCAUCUGAGAAGGCACCAAGCCCAGUACCAUCUGACAAGGCUCCAUCUGAGAAGGCACCUAGCCCAGUACCGUCUGACAAGGCUCCAUCUGAGAAGGCACCAAGCCCAGUACCAUCUGACAAGGCUCCAUCUGAGAAGGCACCUAGCCCAGUACCGUCUGACAAGGCUCCACCUGAGAAGGCACCUAGCCCAGUACCGUCUGACAAGGCUCCAUCUGAGAAAGCACCUAGCCCAGUACCGUCUGACAAGGCUCCAUCUGAGAAGGAUUCUAGCCCAGUGCCAUAUGAAAAGGCACCAAUCCCAGAGCCAUCUGAAAAGGCCCCAUCUGAGAAGGCACUUAGCUCUACACCAUCUGACAAGGCCCCAUCUGAGAAAGCAAUAAGCUCUGCUCUAUCUGACAAGGCACCUAGCCCAAUACCCUCUGAUAAAGUCCCGUCAGAAAAGGCACCUAGCCCCACAUUGUCAGAAAAGGCACCGUCUGAAAGGAAAGCAAGUUUAGCACCGUCAGAAACGGUGCCCAGUCCAGUACCAUCUGACAAAGCUCCAAGUCCAGUACCGUCUGAUAAGGCCCCUUCAGAAAAGGCCCCUAGCCCAGCUCCCUCAGAAUUAGGUCUGUUGGAAAAGGCAUUAAGCCCUACACCAUCUGACAAGGCUCCAUCAGAAAAGGCAGCUAGCCCCACAUUAUCAGAAAAGUCACCCUCGGAAAGGGCACCAAGUCUAGCACAUGCUGACAAGGUCCCAUCUGAUAAGGCUCCAAGUCCAGUUCCAUCUGCUAAGGCACCUAGCCCUACAUUAUCAGAAAAGGCACCGUCUGAGAGAUCACCUAGCCUUGUUCCUUCAGAAAAGGCACCUAGUCCGACGCCUUCCGAUAAAUCUAAGAAGGCUCCAUCGGAAAAGGUAAUCAGUCCAAUACCAUCGGAGAAGGCUCAUAGUCCGGUUCUAUCGGAGAGGGCUCCAUCUGACAAAGCGCCUAGCCCCACUCUGUCAGAAAAAGCUCCAACUUCCAGAGCGGGAAGCUUGAUUUUAUCAGACAUAGCUCCUAGCCCUACGCCAUCAGACAAAGCACCUUCUGAAAAGGCCCCAUCAGAAAAGGCGGCUAGCCCAGUGCCAUUAGAGAAGGCCCAUAGCCCAGUACCAUCAGAAAAGGGCACAUUGGAAAAGGUUCCUAGCCCAGUUCCAACUGAGAAGGCUCCUUCUGAGAAAGCACACAGUCCAGUACCAUCUGAGAAAGCAAUUAGCCCGACUCUGUCAGAAAAAGCUCCAACUUCCAGAGCGGGAAGUUUGAUUCUGUCAGACAUAACUCCUAGCCCUACGCCAUCAGACAAAGCACCUUCUGAAAAGGCCCCAUCAGAAAAGGCGGCUAGCCCAGUGCCAUCAGAGAAGGCCCAUAGCCCAGUACCAUCAGAAAAGGGCACAUCGGAAAAGGUUCCUAGCCCAGUUCCAACUGAGAAGGCUCCUUCUGAUAAAGCACACAGUCCAGUACCAUCUGAGAAAGCAAUUAGCCCGACUCUGUCAGAAAAAGCUCCAACUUCCAGAGCGGGAAACUUGAUUUUGUCAGACAUAGCUCCUAGCCCUACGCCAUCAGACAAAGCACCCUCUGAAAAGACCCCAUCAGAAAAGGCGGCUAGCCCAGUGCCAUCAGAGAAGGCCCAUAGCCCAGUACCAUCAGAAAAGGGCACAUCGGAAAAGGUUCCUAGCCCAGUUCCAACUGAGAAGGCUUCUUCUGAGAAAGCACACAGUCCAGUACCAUCUGAGAAAGCAAUUAGCCCGACUCUGUCAGAAAAAGCUCCAACUUCCAGAGCGGGAAGUUUGAUUCUGUCAGACAUAGCUCCUAGCCCUACGCCAUCAGACAAAGCACCUUCUGAAAAGGCCCCAUCAGAAAAGGCGGCUAGCCCAGUGCCAUUAGAGAAGGCCCAUAGCCCAGAACCAUCAGAAAAGGGCACAUCGGAAAAGGUUCCUAGCCCAGUUCCAACUGAGAAGGCUCCUUCUGAGAAAGCACACAGUCCAGUACCAUCUGAGAAAGCAAUUAGCCCGACUCUGUCAGAAAAAGCUCCAACUUCCAGAGCGGGAAGUUUGAUUCUGUCAGACAUAGCUCCUAGCCCUACGCCAUCAGACAAAGCACCUUCUGAAAAGGCCCCAUCAGAAAAGGCGGCUAGCCCAGUGCCAUUAGAGAAGGCCCAUAGCCCAGAACCAUCAGAAAAGGGCACAUCGGAAAAGGUUCCUAGCCCAGUUCCAACUGAGAAGGCUCCUUCUGAGAAAGCACACAGUCCAGUACCAUCUGAGAAAGCAAUUAGCCCGACUCUGUCAGAAAAAGCUCCAACUUCCAGAGCGGGAAGUUUGAUUCUGUCAGACAUAGCUCCUAGCCCUACGCCAUCAGACAAAGCACCUUCUGAAAAGGCCCCAUCAGAAAAGGCGGCUAGCCCAGUACCAUCAGAGAAGGCCCAUAGCCCAGCACCAUCAGAAAAGGGCACAUCGGAAAAGGUUCCUAGCCCAGUUCCAACUGAGAAGGUUCCUUCUGAGAAAGCACACAGUCCAGUACCAUCUGAGAAAGCAGUUAGCCCGACUCUGUCAGAAAAAGCUCCAACUUCCAGAGCGGGAAGUUUGAUUCUGUCAGACAUAGCUCCUAGCCCUACGCCAUCAGACAAAGCACCUUCUGAAAAGGCCCCAUCAGAAAAGGCGGCUAGCCCAGUGCCAUUAGAGAAGGCCCAUAGCCCAGAACCAUCAGAAAAGGGCACAUCGGAAAAGGUUCCUAGCCCAGUUCCAACUGAGAAGGCUCCUUCUGAGAAAGCACACAGUCCAGUACCAUCUGAGAAAGCAAUUAGCCCGACUCUGUCAGAAAAAGCUCCAACUUCCAGAGCGGGAAACUUGAUUUUGUCAGACAUAGCUCCUAGCCCUACGCCAUCAGACAAAGCACCCUCUGAAAAGACCCCAUCAGAAAAGGCGGCUAGCCCAGUGCCAUCAGAGAAGGCCCAUAGCCCAGUACCAUCAGAAAAGGGCACAUCGGAAAAGGUUCCUAGCCCAGUUCCAACUGAGAAGGUUCCUUCUGAGAAAGCACACAGUCCAGUACCAUCUGAGAAAGCAGUUAGCCCGACUCUGUCAGAAAAAGCUCCAACUUCCAGAGCGGGAAGUUUAAUUCUGUCAGACAUAGCUCCUAGCCCUACGCCAUCAGACAAAGCACCUUCUGAAAAGGCCCCAUCGGAAAAAGCGGCUAGCCCAGCUCCAUCUGGGAAGGCUCCUAGUCCGACAUCGUCUGAAAAAGCGCCAACUUCAAGAGCAGGAAGCUUGAUUUUGUCAGAUAUAGCUCCCAGUCCAACGCCAUCAGACAAAGCUCCUUCUGAAAAGGCCCCAUCGGAAAAGGCGGCUAGCCCAGUGCCAUCAGAGAAGUCCCAUAGCCCAGUACCAUCAGAAAAGGCCACAUCGGAAAAGGCUCCUAGCCCAGUGCCAUCAGAAAAGGCACUAUCAGAGGAGGCUUCUAGCCCAGUGCCAUCAGAGAAGGCCUAUAGCCCGGUUCCAUCAGAAAAGGUACCAUCAGAGAAGGCUCAUAGCCCAGAUCCAUCUGAGAAGGCUCCUUCAGAGAAAGCACACAGUCCAGUACCAUCUGAGAAAGCAAUUAGCCCGACUCUGUCAGAAAAGCUCCAACUUCCAGAGCGGGAAGUUUGAUUCUGUCAGACAUAGCUCCUAGCCCUACGCCAUCAGACAAAGCACCUUCUGAAAAGGCCCCAUCGGAAAAAGCGGCUAGCCCAGUUCCAUCUGGGAAGGCUCCUAGUCCGACAUCGUCUGAAAAAGCGCCAACUUCAA